GUACGCCUAACAAAAUACUCGUCUCCCUUGAUCUUCCCAUACUGUUUCUGUUUCAACCUACGCCAUGGGUUCUUGUUUUUCUUUGGAAACAGCUCAUCCAGCGGCUGCAACUUCUCCCUCCGCUCAGGUUGUUUCAAUUCACGGAGAGCUUCACGAAUACGGUCUUCCGGUAUUCGUCUCUCAAGUUCUGCAGUCCGAGGGAGCAAAUCCUUCUUCUUCUUCUUCUAAUGGUGUCUUCCUUUGCAACUCCGAUCAACUCUGUUACGACGAAUGCAUUCCGGCCUUGGAUUUUGACAAGCAGCUUCAGCCCAAUCAGAUUUACUUCGUGCUUCCCUUUUCCAAGCUUAAGCAACGGAUAUCGUCCAAGGACAUGGCAGCUUUGGCCGUCAAAGCCAGCGUUGCCAUCCAAAAUGCGGCCAAGAAGGAUUCUAAACGAAACAAGGCCAGAAUUUCUCCUGUUUUGCCGGUUUCUCAAACCGAUAUUGAACCGAUUAAGAUUAAACCGGCUCCGCCUCCGCCUGUGCUUUCAAGGUCUAGUUCGGUUAGGAAACUGCAGAGAUACACGUCUAGACGAGCCAAGUUGGCGGUUCGUUCCUUCAGGCUUAGGUUGUCCACCAUCUAUGAGGGUUCUGUUCUUUCAUAAAUCCCCCCCUCCCCCCAAAAAAAAAAACUCCGUGCAAGGACCGAAUUCAAUUUUAUUUUUAUUACUGUAUCAUAUUAAUAUAUACCUCUCAAUUUUGUAAAAUAAAUUUUGUAAUUAUGAGAUGGAUGACUUUUAAAAUCUUGUAAUGAGAAAUUUCCUAACUUCCGGCGCCGGAGACUUCCGUGCGAUGACGUGGUACGGCGCACGCGGUUGAAAUUAGAGGGGACAAUGGAAUUACACGGACGCGUAAAAUUCUAAAUAAGGUACAGUAGUAUUAAUUAAUUUGUACUUUCUUU